AACUCCUGUCCUGAUAUCACUCCGCUGGCAUGGUGGAGGAGCGGACCUGAUUAUUGUGAUGGUGGCAGGCGGCAGCCACUGACUACAGACUUCCGCCACUGCUUCCCAUAUCCGCGUUUUACGCCGUCUGGGCUACUCUAGUUGCCUCACGACCGGACUACCGAGGGCGCUUGUGCUCUUCUCUCAACUCUACAACAUCACCGGGAUUUCUUUCAAACCAAAACUAUAUGAAAUGCAAGUUCACUGGGAAACUCCGGAGCCCGUUCGGUUCAGGCAGCAAAACUUUUUCUCAAAGGACAGCACUGUGAGACGGACACCGGACUGUUGCUGCCGCCGCCACUGCUCUUCAGCGGGACGGUGUUUGUUUAUAUGACCGUUCAGUGCCUGCUAACGCUCAGACCUUCAUCUUAUUGUUGUGUUUUUCCUGGUGGAGUUGUUGUUAGCAGCGUGGCAGUGGGCUUAUUGUUGAAUUCAGUUUGGGGGCUUGCCUGGAUCUCACUUUGCCCGGGUGUUAGAUGUGUUUUCGGGAGCAGUUUGUUUGAAAACAGUGCAGGGGACAGAGGGGAGGGGGCAACCGACUGUAAUUCAGCGGACCUUUAGCUAAGGACUGAGCGUCUCGCAGCCCUUUAAACCCCCGGUUGUUGCUCGCUUUACCGUACACGUACGUCCGCUUACCCGGCUGCUGGGACCUUUACCGCGGCGGAGGAGGAGUGCAGACAGGGACAGAGGACACUAGGUGGUGGAAGUGGAGGUGGCCGGAGGAGGAGGAGCAGGUGGUGGCGGUGAGCUUGACGGGGAAAAAAAGUUCUUCCAAAAUAGCAGUCCCUCGGCCCCGUGAUGGGGGACUUCGCCUCCCCCGCUGCCGGACCAAACGGCAGUAUCUGCAUCAACAACAGCAUGAACCCGGCCGCUGGGAGCGUGGUCCCCUCCGGCCCGGUGGGCAUACCUAAACACAGCACCGUAGUGGAGAGGCUGAGGCAGCGGAUAGAGGGCUGCCGGAGACACCACGUCAACUGCGAGAACAGAUACCAGCAAGCUCACGCUGAGCAGCUGGAGAUAGAGCGGAGGGAGACGGUCAGCUUGUACCAGAGGAGUAUGGAGCAGAGGGCCAAGAAGUCCGCUGGCGGCAGCAGCAAGCAGCCGCAGAGCAAGCAGCCGGACCCGGACUCUGCGUCCUCCACGGAACAGAGGAAUAACACUCUGAUCGCGCUGCAGGAGACUGUAAAGAGGAAACUGGACAGUGCACGGUCACCCCUCAACGGGGACCAAAAUGGCAUAUGUGAUGGAGGCAGCUACUCUCCAACCACCAAACGAGUACGGAAGGAGGGCUCUGCUGGUUUGGACUCAAUGAUAGGUCUGCCAAAUAACAACAAUAACAAUGUUCCACCCAUCUCACCACUGCACCACCAAAUGGAUAUUAAGCCCUUACUUGGCGGGCCCAACACCUCCACAGGAAACAACACUACAAACAGUAAUGGUAAUCAUGUAGGCCGAGCGUCAGAUGAACUGGGGAAGAAUGGUGGCAGUCAUCUUCCAGAUAUGAAAUUAAAUGGCUCAUUAGAUCUAGAAGACAGCUUUGGCCUCCUAAAAGACUUAAAACAGGAGCCACUGGAUGACGGAGGUGGGAUGGAGUCCUCAGAUCCCCAGUCUCUGUCCAAUCAGAACAAGCUGUUCUCCGACAUCAACCUCAAUGAUCAGGAGUGGCAGGAACUGAUUGAUGAGCUGGCUAACACUGUGCCAGAAGAUGAUAUGCAUGACCUCUUCAAUGAGGACUUUGAAGACAAGAAAGAGGCAGAGUUUGGCAGACCGGCAAACAAUCAGACUCCAGGCCCACAAGAAGCAGCAGUGAAUCCAACGGCAUCUGGAGGUGGGACAGCACCAGCAGCAGCCCUUCCUCCUCCAACUCAGCCUCCUCAGGGAGGCCCACAGGUUCCCAUGGGUUCACCACAGGUCAGACCAUCAUCAUCAGGCCCUCAGUUUGCCACCACUGCCAAUGGAACACCUCCUCAGCAACCUUUGCAACAGUCUCCAGCCGUUGCGAUGGCUUCAGGUUCCCCAUUACACAACUGUGUGGCUCGCUCCCCUCAAACACCUACUCAAGCUCAGACACAAGCGAUGUCUCGGCCAGGGAAUGGAUAUUUGAUGAAUCCGGGGCCAGGUGUCAGUCAGGCGGGGACAGGACCUGGAGCUGCAGGGGUUGCUUCUGGAGGUCAACCUGUCGGACCAGUGACACCUGAACUUUCUCCAGCAGAGCAGCUAAAAGCAAUGGCUGCUCAGCAACGAGCCAAGUUGCUGCAGCAGAAGCAACAGCAGCAACAAGCAGCUAACUGGUCCCCUGCAGGUGCUCCAACCAGUCCUUAUAACUCUGGUCCCUUUAACCAGGACAAACCCAACAGCCCCAUGAUGUACCCACCACAAGCCUUUAACACUCCACAGGGCCCCAUAGUGGCUGGAGUGGCCCCCAACAAUGGGCCCAAAGCCCCCAUGAACAACUACCUCCCUCACAACCACAUGGGCAUGAUGGGACAGCAACAGCCAAACAGCAUUAGCCAGAGCUCCAUCUCCAAACAGCAGCAGCAAACAGCAGCCAUGUUGUCCUAUAACAACACCAAACCACUGAGUCACUUCAGUGGCAGUGGUGUUGAUCACAUAGGCCAGAGGAUGACUCCACCUAUGGGGGGAAACAGCCAGGUCAAGAACCCCAUGAUGCCUCCCUACAUGGGUGGUGGAGGAGGUGGUGGGCAGGGGGCCGGACCAGGACAAACGCAAGGGCCAAUCCCUGGACAGACGGCCCACCUGAGUGAGGAGCAGAAGAGAAUGUUGCUGAUGAAGCAGAAAGUGUUGAACCAGAACCUGACAUACAGUGGCAUCCAGCCUCAUGGACAGGAGCAAGGUGUGGUGGGAAUGUCACGGCCGCCGGGCGCCAUUCCACCCCCUCACCCUGCAGGAGGUGUGGCCUCAGGGGUGGGUCCCAACCAGGGUUCAGGUCCCCCUCCGGGCUAUGUGGGCAACCAGCAGCAGGCUGCCAUGAUGAAACAGAUGAUGGCAAUGGAGCAGGAGAAGAGGGUGCAGAUGCACAUGAUAGAGCAGCAGAAGCAGCAGCUCUUCAGAGAACAGAGACAACAGCAGCAGCAGCAACUCCUGGCUGAACAGCUCCAACAACAGCAACAUCUCCCCCGACAGAUGGGCCAGGGCCAGAGGAAUCCAUACCCACAAGUCAAUCAGUACCAAGGCCCUCCUCAAGAGCUGGCAUCCAGGAGCCAGGCUCUCCAGAACAUCCGGGCUGCCCGGCUCUUGCAGCAACAGCAGAACCAGCAGCAGAUGGUCCAGAUAAGCUCUGUUCAAGGCCAGGGGGGCUCUGUGGGACCCCAAACUGACAUGGGCCUCUCCUAUGGCAGCCAGGGCUCCAACCAGGGUUCCCUGUAUGGCAUCAACCCCUCCAUGAGCCAAAUGAUCCACCAGCAGCAGCACCAAAGCCAAGGUGUCCAAGCCUCCAUGGGACUUCCAACACAGCACAACCAGGCCGGAGGGCCUCCUCAACCAGGUGCAGGUCCUGGAGUCACAGGUAUGCCUGGAGGCCCUAGAGGUGGUGGAGCAGGAGGGUACGGAGGACAGGGGAUGUUAAUGAACUCCAUGACCCAGCAACCUCUCAAAGGACCUCCUAAUUCCAAAGCCCAGGCACAGAGACUGCAAAGCAUGCUGGGAGCAGGAGGAGGUGGUGGCGGCAUAGCAGCGGGCGGUUGGCCGCAGCAGCAGGGACAGGGUCUGCAGGCCAUGGGGGGAGGAGUUGGAAGGACUACAGGAACAGGCGGAGGGGACAUGGUGGGGUUUGGCUCUGCACAGGGGUAUGGGAUUCAGCUGGGUCAGCCCCCCCGCAUGACCAAGCAACACUUUCAGGGCCCGGGACAGGGCAUGAGCCAGGGAAUGGACCCUAGGGUGGGCAAUCCAGCUGCGGGAAUGGGCCCAAUGGGCCCAAUUGGGCCUCACAUGGGCAGUCAGCCCAGGACCAACCAGCCCCGACCCAUGGUCAUGAACCAAGGGAUGAACCAGGGAGUGAUGGGUCAAGGGAUGAGUGGGAUGGCAGGGUUCGGACCAGGCCCUGGGGGACCGGGAAUGGGGGCAGGGGGUGGGGGAGGUGGACCCUACGGACCAGGGGGAGUCGGAGUCGGAGGUCAGCCUCAGGGCUACCAGAGGACAGCGAAUCAGGACAUGUCAUCCUAUGGAUAUGGGGGUGGGCCCUCAGGAGGAGGAGCCUUCGGAUUGGGUGAUGGCUCAGGGGCAGAGCUAGACUCGAGCGAUGGUUGGAUGGAGGAGUUUUUUCCAGGCCAAUAGCCAAAGGGGAAACUAGAGAUCAGGUUUCUCUGGAUGAACUAAACAUAGGACAAAUGUUAAAACCAGAAAGGAUGACGUGACAGACUGGUGACUGGCAUGUUUUUGUUUUGUAAAACAUGAGCAAGGUUCUAAAUGAGUUCUUGUGUUAUGUUUUGUGUGUGUGAGUGCUGAGGAAAGAGAUCAUGAUGAUGUCUCAUGCAUAUUAAUGAAAAUCCAUAUAGAGAUUAAGAUAUGUGUUUCCAUUACUUUCCCUUUCUUCUUCUGGAAUUCAUUUUUCUGAUGUUCCUGUGCCCCAUUUACAUACUGCUUUGAGCCUGGCCUUCGGCAGGGGCUGACUGACCACAGACUGAUGAAGGGGAAGGAAGACAUGUUCUCAAGACAGCAAUUUGUUUGCGUUUAUGUGUUUGUGCCACCCAGCUCAUUGCUUUAGAUCUCUCAACUAGGUGAGGAGCUGAGGGGAUUAGACAGCACUUUCUUCUCCCAUUUCCUCUCUUAUACCCCCCCCCCCCCCACGCCAAUACUUAAUACUUUCACACAUGCCCAGAAAACCACACAUAUUUGUCUCCUUGACUCUGUUCUCCUCAAUUGAUCUCUCUCUCCGUCAUCCUCCUUCUCUUCUAGCUUCCUCCCCUCUUCCCCACCCUCUCUAGAGACUCAUUCCUGACACUCAGCACUCCCAUCACUGUUGAUAUUGAGAAACAUCACAGCAGAACAAAUGAUGCCCCCCUAAUGUGCCACGUGAAGGCACUCUGCCCUCUAGUGCUUUUGUUAAGUAACGGUGUCGGUUUGGGAGUUUUUUUUUUCCUGUGUGCACAUGCACAGGGAGGUAACAAUAGUGAAAGACAGAGGGAGAGAAAAGGCAGCUAAAGUAAGCUCACAUACAUAUGGCAACAAAAAAAACAAGCAUUAGUGAGGGAGGACAGGCAGAACGGCGUAUGCGAGAGGCAGCUUACAGAGUGCGACACAAACCACAUUAUACACAUCAGGGUGGCAUGAGAAUAAAUGGUCUCUGGGCACUGAAUGUAUUCAAGCACCACAAGUGACUUUUUCUUUUUAAGUAAUAAAAAAGUAAAUAAGGUGCUCAUAGAAAGCCCAUCCACGUUUUUAUGUUUGUAGCUUUUUCCUCCCUAACAAUAAUGUUGGUCAUGUCUUUGUUGAUUCA